AUGCCAGCUCUGCCCCUGGACGAACUCCAGAUCACCCACAAGGACCCGAAGACAGGCAAGCUGAGGACUUCACCGGCGCUGCACCCCGAGCAGAAGGCAGACCGGUAUUUUGUGUUGUACAAACCACCUCCUAAAGACAACAUUCCCGCCCUAGUGGAGGAGUACCUGGAACGCGCCACCUUCGUCGCCAAUGACUUGGACUGGCUCUUGGCCUUGCCUCACGACAAAUUCUGGUGCCAGGUUAUCUUCGAUGAGACCCUCCAGAAGUGCCUGGAUUCCUACCUACGCUACGUCCCCCGGAAAUUUGAUGAAUGGGUGGCCCCAGCCCCCGAAGUGGUUGACAUGCAGAAACACCUACAGCGGAGUGUUUUUCUCACCUUCCUCCGCAUGUCCACUCACAAGGAAUCCAAAGAUCACUUCAUCUCCACCUCUGCAUUUGGCGAAAUCCUCUACAAUAACUUCCUCUUCGACAUCCCAAAGAUCCUGGACCUCUGUGUGCUCUUUGGAAAAGGCAACUCGCUGCUGCUCCAAAAGAUGAUAGGAAACAUCUUCACCCAGCAGCCAAAUUACUAUCAUGACCUGGAUGAAACCAUACCCACCAUCCUUCAGGUCUUUAACAAUAUCCUCCAGCACUGUGGCUUGCAAGGGGAUGGGGCCUGCGCCACACCCCAGAAGCUGGAAGAGAGAGACCGGGUGACCCCAAGUGACAUGCCUCUCCAGGAGUUGAAGGACGUGGUUCUCUAUCUUUGUGACACCUGCACUACGCUCUGGGCCUUUUUGGACAUCUUCCCUUUGGCUUGCAGAACCUUCCAGAAACACGAUUUCUGUUACAGACUGGUGUCCUUUUAUGAAGCAGCCAUCCCUGAACUAGACUCUGCAAUUAAGAAGAGGAGGCUUGAAGAUAGUAGGCUGAUCGCUGACCUGUGGCAGAGGCUCUCCCAUUCUAAGAAGAAGCUCACGGAGAUUUUUCACAUCCUCCUGAACCAGGUCUGCCUCCUCCCCAUCCUGGAGAGCAGUUGUGACAAUGUCCAGAGCUACAUUGAGGACUUCCUUCAGAUCUUCAGCUCCUUGCUGCAGGAGAAGAGGUUCCUCCGGGACUAUGAUGCGCUUUUUCCCGUGGCUGAAGAUGUCAGCUUGCUGCAGCAGGCCUCAGCGGACUUUGAUGAGACGCGCACCGCCUACAUCCUCCAGGCUGUGGAGAGCGCGUGGGAAGGGGUGGACAGACAGAAGGCCGUGGAGGCUAAAGACCCGUCGGUGGCUGAGGAGCCUAAUGGGGUGUCAGAGCCAGUCUGUCAGGCACCAUCACACCUGGAGAGCUUGGAGGAAGAGGAGUGCAUGGGGGCCGCUGCUGCCCUGAGCCCCGCUGUGUCCGGUGUGGAGCUGGACUCGCUCAUCUCCCAGGUGAAGGACCUGCUGCCGGACCUCGGCGAGGGCUUCAUCCUGGCCUGCCUGGAGCACUACAGCUAUGACCCGGAGCAGGUGAUCAACAACAUCCUGGAGGAGCGGCUGGCCCCGGCCCUCAGCCAGCUGGACCGCAGCCUAGACAGACAGGAGAAGCCAGAUCCAACACCUCUGUUAACAUCUCGUCACAACGUCUUCCAGAACGACGAGUUUGAUGUGUUCAGCAGGGACUCUGUGGAUCUGAGCCGAGUGCAUAAGGGCAGGAGCACCAGGAAGGAGGCGAGCGUGCGGAGCCUGCUGAAUGACAAGCGAGAGGUGGCCGCGCAGCGACGGCGCUACGAGCAGUACAGCGUGGUGGUGGAGGAGGUGCUGCUGCAGCCCGGGGAGGAACAACUCUAUCAAGGUUAUGACUACGAGGACGAGUAUGAUGACACGUACGACGGCAACCAGGUGGGCGCCAACGACAUGGACUCAGACGAUGAGCUCAUCAACCGCAGGCCCUUCACUACCCCUCAAGUGCUGAGGACCAAAGUGCCAGGAGAGGGGCACGAAGAGGAGGAGGAGGAGGAAGAGGAGGCUGAAGAGGAGGCCCCCAAGCCUGACCACUUCGUGCAGGACCCCGCGGUGCUUCGGGAGAAGGCAGAAGCCAGGCGCAUGGCCUUUCUUGCCAGGAGAGGGUACCGGCAUGACAACUCAACGGCAGUGGCCGGCAACCCGCGGGGCCAUGGGCAGAACCGAGAGACCACCCAGGAACGCAGGAAGAAGGAAGCCAAUAAGGCGACCAGGGCCAACCACAACCGGAGGAACAUGGCCGACCGCAAGAGAAAUAAAGGCAUGAUUCCAUCCUGA